AUGACCAUGACCUCUUCCCAACACCUGAGCCAGCCCAUCGCCGUACCUACUCUGACCGUCCUGCCGCCGUCCUCAGACACAGAGUCGUGGUCGCGCUCGCCCAGCCCCCGCCAGUCCCGCUCUGACCGCUCACGCACGCGGAAGAGGCGGUCCAGGGCAGCCCAGCCGGUCAAGGAGGACCAGGGCUGUUCGCCAAUCAGACGCCAAUGGAGCCGCAGUCCCAGAGCCAAGCGCGGGGCAGGAGCGGCAGAUGGAGCGGCAGAUGGAGCGGCAGAUGGAGCGGCAGAGGGUGCGCUCGCUGUGAUGGACCGGGAGGAGGAGCAGGGCGGAGACUGCUUGCUGCUGCCCAGACGCUCCUCGUCACGCAGCCCCUCUCCAGGCCGACGAUCGCGCUGGUCCCUGAAGAGCCUGCUGGGGAGGGACUCUGAGUGGGAAGGUUGCAGGUUAGUGAGCUCAUAG